AUUUCUUCCUCUCCCGCGACCAUGGACCCUCACGAUUUGGAGAAUCUAAAUACCACGCUGGACCAUGAAGCCCAACUUCGAGAGAAAAUCAAGGAACAAGUUGUAGAACUUGACAAGAAAACGCGUACGAUGGUCGGGAUGCUCAACAAGAUCCAUUCGAUUCCGUAUUCCCAAGUUCCUGGUACCCAUGUCCCCCAUACUGCGCUUGCAGAUCUUACACUGUGGACGAAUUCACUUCGAAAUAGCGUUUUCGUGGCGGCUUUCUUGGAAUAUCUGUCAAAGGGGACCCUGAUCUCACUGGCAUCCACAUCUGAAGCCCUUGGUAUUCAGGAUGAAUGGAAAGAUCGCUUUACGUUGUCUAUUGAAGACUAUUUACACGGGCUUAUCACGCUCGUGAACGAAUUGUCGCGAUUGGCUGUCAACGCUGUCACCCUAGGUAAUUUCCAGGAGCCGGUCAAAAUAUCUAUCUUCGUGAAAGAUCUAUUCGCCGGGUUUACGAUGUUAAACCUGAAAAACGACCAGCUGCGUCGGAGAUUCGACAGUCUAAAGUAUGAUAUGAAGAAGGUUGAAGAAGUCGUUUACGACGUUUCGCUGCGGAAGCUAGCGCAACCUCCGGAUCUGGCGCCUGGCUGAGUUUUGAUGUCUUGCCUCACCCUGUAUUUUGUACGUAAUACCGUCCAAGUCUCCGUUUUUGUUCUCUUGCUGUUUGUAGAAAGUCAUAACCUAACAUUUAUAUGUUGCUCCAUGGUCCAAGCAUCUCAAGCCUCCUAGUUUCCGCUAUUGCCUUGUAAUCAGGGCUUCUGAGCUCCAAAGAUAUGUAUUCUAGUAAGGUAUACGAUCAUACCCAUACUGGUCCUGACC